UUCCCAAAUCGAUUUCGUUGUUCGCAGAUAAACCCUAAACCCCUCCCGAUUAUCCGCCAUUGUUCAUCCACGCUCAGUCUACCUCAUGUUCGUUAUCAGACUGCUCCGCCAAAAACCAAUCCUGUUUGCUCCUCCUCUCACAUCUUUCAAUCGAUGCUUCUGCUACUCCAAGCUCCGCGAUCACUACGCCUUUGAAUCCCCGCCGUCUCUCUCCCCAAAACCCCCAGCGCCGGAGCCUAAACCGCGGCCGAAUAAACCUCCGAAACAGCGCUACAAACCGCCCUCGUCGCUCGACCUCGCCGACAAGAAGCCAAGGCAUUCCGAUUUGCCGUUCGAUUUCCAGUACAGUUACACGGAGACUAGCCCCUCUGUGAGGCCUAUCGGGCUUCGAGAACCGAAGUAUUCGCCGUUUGGGCCAGGGCGCCUCGACAGGAAAUGGUCUGGGGUGUGUGCCCCGGCGGUGGACCCGAAGGCGAGCUCUGUAGAGGGCAUGGAAGAUCCAAAAUUGGAAGAGAAAAGGAGGUUUAUGAGGGAGAAUAUCCAAGGGGAGCCACUGACGGGAGCUGAGAGAAAGGCUUUGGUGGAGAAGUGCCAAAAGAAGAAAACAAAGAGGCAGAUUAAUUUGGGAAGAGACGGUUUGACUCACAACAUGUUAAAUGAUAUUUAUAAUCACUGGAAACAUGCCGAAGCAGUGAGGAUCAAAUGUUUAGGUGUUCCCACUGUGGAUAUGAAAAAUGUGUGCACCCAACUUGAGGACAAAACCUUUGGAAAAAUCAUUCAUAGGCAUGGUGGUUUUCUUGUUCUAUACAGAGGCAGGAACUAUAUUACCAAGAAAAGGCCAUUCAUUCCCUUGAUGUUAUGGAGACCUCAUGAACCUAUAUAUCCCAGGCUGAUUAAAACUACGAUUGAUGGACUAAGUAUUGAGGAGACAAAAGAAAUGAGAAAGAAAGGACUUGCUGUUCCUGCUUUGACAAAACUUGCAAAGAACGGUUACUAUGGCAGUUUGGUACCCAUGGUUCGAGAUGCUUUUCUCUCCUGCGAAUUGGUUCGGAUUGACUGUCAGGGUCUCGAGAAGAGUGAUUACAAGAAAAUAGGCUGCAAGCUCCGGGACCUUGUGCCUUGUAUCUUGGUGACAUUUGAGAAAGAGCAGAUUGUAGUUUGGAGGGGAAAUGAUUACAAGCCCUUGGACUCUGGAUGUUUUCUUACAGUUAGGGGGUCCUUUGAUGAUGAUGAGGCCAAUGGUAAUACAAAUCGCGUCGGAGAGGACGAUGAUGACGACGAUUUUGACGAUGAUUACUCCGAUGGGGCUAAUGAUCAGUAAUAUACCAACCUAGCAAGUGUCAUGAUCUUUUGAGCAUGUGAUUUCGUUUCCGGGCUACUUAUUUAUAUUGCAGCAUAGAACAUGAUGAUUUGAAUGCUCUACGCUGAAGAUUGUCUAACACCUCCUGUUCGGCCAUUGAAGAAUGGGAAUGAAAAUUUUGUCACAAGAGUCUAUAAUGGAAAGUUGAAGUUAUAAAAUUGUUGACAGUUAUUGUAUUGUUCAUUUAGAUUGGCUUCUCACUUUUAGAAACAAUAAAGCUUUUUUUUUUUUU